AUGUCUGGUGCCACCAUUCUGCUGUUCCUCCAGAGCUUGUCACGUAGGAAACCGCUAGAGCCUGAGGGUGAAGUGUCCAAUUUUCGGCGUUGCCUGACCACCCUCGACCUGGUAGCUCUGGGGGUUGGCAGCACACUGGGGGCCGGUGUGUAUGUGCUGUCGGGAGAAGUGGCCAGAGCUGUGGCUGGGCCGAGCAUCAUAAUCUCUUUCCUGAUAGCAGCAGUGGCCUCCAUCUUUGCAGGACUAUGUUAUGCUGAAUUUGGUGCUCGUGUUCCCAAGACUGGCUCUGCCUAUCUCUACAGCUAUGUGACUGUGGGAGAAAUAUGGGCUUUUAUCACAGGCUGGAACCUGUUGUUGUCUUACGUUAUAGGAACAUCGAGUGUAGCCAGAGCAUGGAGUGGGACCUUCGAUGACCUCAUUGGAAAUGUCAUUGCCAACUCUCUGGGCAAACAGGCUGUGAUGGAUUUACCUGGAUUAGCUCCCUACCCAGACUUCUUUGCAGCUGGUCUCAUAAUGCUCUUGGCAGGGAUUCUUGCAUUUGGUGUGAAAGAGUCAGCCAUUGUAAAUAAGGUUUUUACAGCAGUUAACAUCCUGGUGUUGCUGUUUGUUAUCCUCUCUGGCUUCAUAAAGGGGAACAUCAACAACUGGUACAUCAGUGAAGACUCUCUCCUAAAUGGAUAUGAAAACCACACAUCACUGAAUGAAACCUCCAGAUAUGGCAGUGGGGGAUUUUUCCCUUUUGGCCUUGAGGGAACUUUAGCAGGAGCAGCCACUUGCUUUUAUGCAUUUGUUGGAUUUGACUGCAUCGCUACAACAGGAGAAGAAGUUCAAAACCCUCAGAAGUCAAUCCCACUCGGCAUUGUUGCGUCCCUCCUCAUCUGCUUCUUGGCUUACUUUGGCGUGUCUGCUGCCCUGACUCUCAUGAUGCCAUACUAUUUGCUCAGUGUUCACAGCCCGCUGCCUGUGGCCUUUACGUACAUCGGCUGGGGCCCUGCAAAGUACGCAGUGGCUGUGGGAUCUCUCUGUGCACUGUCAACAAGCCUACUGGGAUCAAUGUUCCCGAUGCCCCGUGUUCUUUUUGCUAUGGCCAGGGAUGGACUCCUCUUCAGACCUCUCAGUAAAAUGAGUGACAGACAAAGUCCUGUCAUAGCAACCCUGGCUUCAGGGAUUGUAGCAGCUAUCAUGGCGUUAUUGUUUGACCUGAAGGCGCUGGUUGACAUGAUGUCCAUUGGAACCCUCUUUGCCUACACACUUGUUGCUGUAUGUAUCCUCAUAUUAAGAUAUCAAGCAGAUCUCAGCGAUGAUUCAAGCAUCAGCAAACCAGAACCCUUCACAGUUAGCGGAGUAAUAUAUCCUCCUUCACAAGUCACCACGAGGACAUCAAAAAACGUGUCUGUUUUAACAGUUUUUAUCAUCUUUUUAGCUAUCAUCCUAAGCCUCCUCAUAUCUGGGGCUGUAGAAUCCCUGCAGGCUCUUGAGUGGUGGAGUUUAGUUUGUGUCUCUGUGAUCGUACUGAUGCUGAUCCUCAGUAUCCUGAUCAUCUUGAGACAACCACAAAGUACAACAACUGCAGCUUUCAUGGUUCCUUUUGUGCCAUUGCUUCCUAUUUUCAGCACCUUUGUCAAUGUCUAUCUAAUGGUUCAACUUGGAUCAGACACAUGGAUCCGCUAUGCAGUGUGGAUGGCUGUAGGUUUAAUCAUCUACUUUUGUUACGGGGCUCACCACAGUGUGCAGAAACAAAGGCUUCAAAAUUCACACAACCGAGUCAGUAUUCACAGUAUUUCCACCACUAUAGUGCAAAACACUGAACCUGGACAAGAUUAUAUUGACUAA